AUGGAGGUGCUACCUACCGCUGCACCCCUGUGCCAACAAACAACAAGCAGAGAAGUCGCCAUCUGGGAUCUUUACAUCAUGAGGUGACAGAGCCGUUUAAAUGUUUUACUGUUGUGAGAGGUUAUAUUAUUUGUGACAUUGUUUGCUGCAUGGUACACACACCCUGCAAUAAACCACGCUACAAACUGUGUCAGCAAAUCUGCACAAAUACUAUAAACACUUACAGCAGUAAAACAUAUAAAAUCCAGGGAUCAUGUACAUCAAGAAAUGUGAUCAGGGAUCUUACAUGGAUCAAUCCAUCCAACAUCAAAUUGAAAGAAUGAACGCACACAGACAUCUAUAACACUUCAUGGAGAAAACCAUUACUGCACAACAGUUAGACACCACUACACACAGAAAGGCUAUUUCAUUCAGGACAUUAAAAUCAGAAUAAUCUAAAGGAACUUGGGUAAAAGUGUACUUUUGCGUAUUUUAUUAUUUUUCAAUUUUACUAAAAGCAAGUAGCGUAUUUUAUUAUUAACAGUCAUUAUUAAGUAAAAACAUUGUGGGCGCUGCAGUGGGUCCUGUGUGUCCAUUAGGGAAGCCUGCAUUGUGUGCUCUAUGUGCAUAGUACACGGAUUGCUGUGUGUUCAAAGGAAUACCUUGCAUUGGAUGCUCUGUGUGCCCAUCAGGGUGUCUGUAAUGAAUGCUGCUCUGCCAAGGAAUAUCCUUAAUUGGGUGUUGUCCUAUACUAAGUACUGUCUGUACCAAUGAGGGUGCCCUGCAAUGGGUGCACCUGCAAUGUCUGCGCACAGGAAUACCUUGCAUUGGGUGCUGUCUGUACCAGUGAGGGUGCUCUGCAAUGGGUGCUGUUUGUGCCAGUGGGGGUGCUUUGCAAUGGGUGCUGUCUCGGCCAGUGAGGGUGCUUUGCAAUGGGUGGUCUGGGCUAGUGAGGGUGCUCUGCAAUGGGUGCUGUCUGUGCCAGUGAUGUAGCUCUACAAUGGUGUGAGGGUGCUCUGCAAAUGGGUGCUGUCUGGGCCAGUGAGGGAGCUCUGCAAUGGGUGCUGUCUGUGCCAGUGAGGUAGCUCUGCAAUGGGGUGAGGGUGCUGUCUGGGCCAGGGAGGGUGCUCUGCAAUGGGUGCCGUCUGUGCCAGUGAGGGUGCUCUGCAAUGGGUGCUGUCUGGGCCAGUGAGGGUGCUUUGCAAUGGGUGCUGCCUACACCUAUGAGGGUGCUCUGCAAUGGGUGCGCACCAUAAUAGCAAUGCAAAAAAAAAAAAAAUUACGCUAUAAUACAUGUGAACAAAACUGUAAAUAAUAAAAUACGCUAAAAUACACUUUUACUGGAACUUGAAAAAUACAAGGGAAAGCAGAGACCAUAUUUUUCUUUAACAAUCACUAAAGAGUGAUAUUUUUCUUUAACUCUAAAGAUAAUGGACUAAAUGUGUGUUGGGGCUUCUUAGAGGAGAUUUUAUACUUUUCUACCCUACCAUUACGUGUCACUAUACCCCACUCCCUCUGGCAUGUAAACUUAUUGAGCAGGACACUCAACCGCCUUUGUUCUUAUGUGUUCAACUUGUCGGGUUUACAAAUACUUCUCUGUUAGUCCACCCAUUAUACAGCGCUGCAGAAUUUGUUGGCGCAUUAUAAAUAAUAUUAGGAGUACUUUGCUCCUUCCCAUUGAACUGGUAUAUACUUUUGACACUACAGCCAUAUAUAUGUAUAUAUACAAUCAGCGCUGUAUUUGCCGCAAGGCAAACAAAGACUUUGUCUUGGGCGGCACUUUCCAGGGGGCGGCAAAAAAGCACCACCCCAAAUGCCCACGCUAAUGCCUUGUUAGCCUCGGGGCAGGCAGAAGCUGAGCUCCAGGCAGGCGGCGAGGGAGCGCUGAUUCGUGAGCUCUCCUUGCGUCAUAUUCCGGCUCCCAGCAUCACUCUGCGGUGCGUGAGGGAGCUGAGCAGAGAGAGAUCAUAAAUCAGCGCUCCCUCGCCACCCACCUGGAACUCAACUGGCCGCCUGCCUGCCUGCUCAAACAGCCCGGCCAGCAGCCCCACUGGUUCCCAAGUAAAAAAUACACCCAGCUCUCCCAAAGGUAGGGCGGCUGGGUGGAUUUAAAUUUAAAAAAAUAAUCUGCGAGUGUUGGGGGGAAAUGUGUGUGUGUCUGUCUGAGUAUGUGUGUGUAUAUCUGUCAGUGUGUCUUUCAGUGAAUGUAUGUCUGUCAGUGUGUGUGUGUGUGUAUGUGGCGGUGUCUGUCAGUGUGUGUCUGUGAGGUAGCAUGUGUGUCUGUCAGUGUGUGUCUAUGAGUGAUUGUGUGUGUCUGUCAGGGAGUGUGUGUGUGUCUGUCGGUGUGUAUCUGUGAGUGAAUGUGUGUGUGUCUGAGUAAUUGUGUAUGCCUCUCAGUGUGUGUCUGUCAGUGAGUGUGUGUGUCAUUAUGCGUGUAUGUCAGUGAGUGUGUGUGUGUCUAUCAGUGAUUGUGUAUGUGUGUUAGACUGUGUCAAAUCAGUGAGUGUGUGUUUGCCAGUGUAUCUGAGUGUGUUUGUCAGUCAAAGGGUGUGUUAGUCUUUAACAGGACGAGGUGUGGGCUUGACAGUAAGGGGUGGGGCAAAUUUAAAUUUGGGGGUACCCGAGAUCCGCCAUGCCAUGUAUUGUAUCCACCAGUUGCCCUUCUCUAACUUGCUGUCUUCUCAUUCAACUCUUCUUUCCCCAAUUCUCCAAUCCCGGGAAGCUUUACGAAACCCUUGAAGAUUUUUUUGUUUUUGCUGCUUUCCCCUCUGCAUUACAGUUAUCUUAGUUUGCCUUUUCCAUUGUGAUAAUACCCAUUGUACAGCGCUACGGAAUACGAUGGCGCUAUAUAAAUAAUAAAAGAAUAAUAAUAAAAAUAAUUGGGAAUGCUUCAGAUCUGUCACUACAAAUGUCUCAAUAUUCCAACAAAACAAGGGAUGAGAAAACUUCAUUAUUUUACAUCUCCAUUCCUGGACUAAUAACCUCACCUCCAAUACAGUCACAUGUAAUGCAGGGUGGAGCUAACCCACACUAACCCCAACACAGUGUCCUUCAUUGGUUACCUGACUGCACCCCCCCCCCCCCCCCCUCCCCCUCCCCCCAAUGCAGCACUUGAAUGCUGCACAUGAAUGCUGCAUACUAUGAUGUGUAUACACUGCAUACAGUGAAUGCAGCCAUGGUGAGCUCUGUAUAAGCUGGGGGUCACUGUGUAUAUGGAUUAUAUAGAGAGACAUACAGGCAGACAGGCAGUCAGGGUUCUCCAGCCAGCACCUCCCUCCCUCCCUCCAUCCUCCUCUGGAGCCCGGAAGUGACGUCACCAGCAGCAGCAGCAGCAGCAGGUCUGCCCAGAGCAGGGCUCCACACGUCACUUCCGGCCACCGGAGCCGCGCCGUCCCCCCGGUCACGUGACCCGCCGACAGCCGGAGGCGGGGCCAGCGCUGUGAAUGCCGGAAGCGACAUGGGCAGCGAUUGGCUGGGGCAACAGAACGGGUCCCCGUGACCGCCGGUGAGAAACAGCUAGAGCUUGCAUGCCGCCUCCCGGGAUCCCCCCACGCCCCCCCGUGACCCGCUGGCAAUGGGGGCAGUCACUGGGCUAAUACACCGACACACACCGGCCGGGUAAUAACCACACAGAUACAAUGUAACACUGCCUGCCUGUAUAGAGUUAUUACACAGAUACAAUGUAACACCGCCUGCCUGUAUAGAGUUAUUACACAGAUACAAUGUAACACUGCCCGCCCUGUAUAGAGUUAUUACACAGAUACAAUGUAACACCGCCCGCCUGUAUAGAGUUAUUACACAGAUACAAUGUAACACUGCCUGCCUGUAUAGAGUUAUUACACAGAUACAAUGUAACACUGCCUGCCUGUAUAGAGUUAUUACACAGAUACAAUGUAACACCGCCUGCCUGUAUAGAGUUAUUACACAGAUACAAUGUAACACCGCCCGCCUGUAUAGAGUUAUUACACAGAUACAAUGUAACACCGCCUGCCUGUAUAGAGUUAUUACACAGAUACAAUGUAACACCGCCUGCCUGUAUAGAGUUAUUACACAGAUACAAUGUAACACCGCCUGCCUGUAUAGAGUUAGUACACAGAUACAAUGUAACACCGCCUGCCUGUAUAGAGUUAUUACACAGAUACAAUGUAACACCGCCCGCCUGUAUAGAGUUAUUACACAGAUACAAUGUAACACCGCCUGCCUGUAUAGAGUUAUUACACAGUUACAAUGUAACACCGCCUGCCUGUAUAGUAUUACACAGAUACAAUGUAACACCGCCUGCCCUGUAUAGAGUUAUUACACAGAUACAAUGUAACACCGCCUGCCUGUAUAGAGUUAUUACACAGAUACAAUGUAACACCGCCUGUAUAGAGUUAGUACACAGAUACAAUGUAACACUGCCUGCCUGUAUAGAGUUACUACACAGAUACAAUGUAACACCGCCUGCCUGUAUAGAGUUAUUACACAGAUACAGUGUAACACCGCCCGCCUGUAUAGAGCUAUUACACAGAUACAAUGUAACACCGCCUGUAUAGAGUUAGUACACAGAUACAAUGUAACACCGCCCGCCUGUAUAGUUAUUACACAGAUACAAUGUAACACCGCCCGCCUGUAUAGUUAUUACACAGAUACAAUAUAACACCGCCUGCCUGUAUAGAGUUAUUACACAGUUACAAUGUAACACCGCCCGCCUGUAUAGAGUUAUUACACAGUUACAAUGUAACACCGUCCGCCUGUAUAGAGUUAUUACACAGUUACAAUGUAACACCGCCCGCCUGUAUAGAGUUAUUACACAGUUACAAUGUAACACUGCCUGCCUGUAUAGAGUUAUUACACAGUUACAAUGUAACACCGCCUGCCUGUAUAGAGUUAUUACACAGAUACAAUGUAACAAUCAGCCUGGCCUGUAUAGAGUUAAUACGACAGAUACAACAACACCGCCUGUAUAGAGUUAGUACACAGAUACAAUGUAACACCGCCUGCCCAUAGAGUUAUCACAUCGAUACAAUGUAAACCCCUCUGCCUGUAUAGAGUUAGUACACAGAUACAAUGUAACAAUCAGCCUGCCUGUAUAGAGUUAUUACACAGAUACAAUGUAACGUCCGCCCUGUAUAGAGUUAUUACACAGAUACAAUGUAACCCCGCCUGCCUGUAUAGAGUUAUUACACAGAUACAAUGUAACACCGCCUGCCCUGUAUAGUUAUUACACAGAUACAAUGUAACACCGCCCGCCUGUAUAGAGUUAGUACACAGAUACAAUGUAACACUGCCUGCCUGUAUAGAGUUAUUACACAGAUACAAUGUAACACCGCCUGCCCUGUAUAGAGUUAUUACACAGAUACAAUGUAACACUGCCUGCCUGUAUAGAGUUAUUACACAGAUACAAUGUAACACCGCCUGCCCUGUAUAGAGUUAUUACACAGAUACAAUGUAACACCGCCUGCCUGUAUAGAGUUAUUACACAGAUACAAUGUAACCCCGCCUGCCUGUAUAGAGUUAUUACACAGAUACAAUGCAACACCGCCUGCCCUGUAUAGUUAUUACACAGAUACAAUGUAACACCGCCCGCCUGUAUAGAGUUAUUACACACAUGCAAUGUAACACCGCCUGCCCUGUAUAGAGUUAUUACACAGAUACAAUGUAACACUGCCCGCCUGUAUAGAGUUAUUACACACAUACAAUGUAACACCGCCUGCCUGUAUAGAGUUAUUACACAGAUACAAUGUAACACUGCUCGCCUGUAUAGAGUUAUUACACACAUACAAUGUAACACCGCCCGCCUGUAUAGUUAUUACACACAUACAAUGUAACACCGCCUGCCCUGUAUAGAGUUAUUACACAGAUACAAUGUAACACCGCCUGCCUGUAUAGUUAUUACACAGAUACAAUGUAACACUGCCCGCCUGUAUAGAGUUAGUACACAGAUACAAUGUAACACUGCCCGCCUGUAUAGAGUUAGUACACAGAUACAAUGUAACACUGCCUGCCUGUAUAGAGUUAGUACACAGAUACAAUGUAACACUGCCCGCCUGUAUAGAGUUAUUACACAGAUACAAUGUAACACCGCCUGCCUGUAUAGAGUUAUUACAAAGAUACAAUGUAACCCUGCCUGUAUAGAGUUACUACACAGAUACAAUGUAACACUGCCCGCCUGUAUAGAGUUAUUACACAGAUACAAUGUAACACUGCCCGCCUGUAUAGAGUUAUUACACAGAUACAAUGUAACACCGCCUGCCUGUAUAGAGUUAUUACACAGAUACAAUGUAACCCCGCCUGCCUGUAUAGAGCUAUUACACAGAUACAAUGUAACACCGCCUGCCCUGUAUAGAGUUAUUACACAGAUACAAUAUAACCCCGCCUGCCUGUAUAGAGUUAUUACACAGAUACAAUGUAACACUGCCUGCCUGUAUAGAGUUAUUACACAGAUACAAUGUAACCCCGCCUGCCUGUAUAGAGUUAUUACACAGAUACAAUGUAACACCGCCUGCCCUGUAUAGAGUUAUUACACAGAUACAAUGUAACCCCGCCUGCCUGUAUAGAGUUAGUACACAGAUACAAUGUAACACCGCCUGCCCUGUAUAGAGUUAUUACGCAGAUACAAUGUAACACUGCCUGCCUGUAUAGAGUUAGUACACAGAUACAAUGUAACACCGCCUGCCCUGUAUAGAGUUAUUACACAGAUACAAUGUAACACUGCCUGCCUGUAUAGAGUUAGUACACAGAUACAAUGUAACACCGCCUGCCUGUAUAGAGUUAGUACACAGAUACAAUGUAACACUGCCUGCCUGUAUAGAGUUAGUACACAGAUACAAUGUAACACCGCCCGCCUGUGUAGAGUUAGUACACAGAUACAAUGUAACACCGCCCGCCUGUAUAGAGUUAUUACACAGAUACAAUGUAACACUGCCUGCCUGUAUAGAGUUAGUACACAGAUACAAUGUAACACCGCCUGCCUGUAUAGAGUUAGUACACAGAUACAAUGUAACACCGCCUGCCUGUAUAGAGUUAUUACACAGAUACAAUGUAACACCGCCCGCCUGUAUAGAGUUAUUACACAGAUACAAUGUAACACCGCCUGCCUGUAUAGAGUUAUUACACAGUUACAAUGUAACACCGCCUGCCUGUAUAGUUAUUACACAGAUACAAUGUAACACCGCCUGCCUGUAUAGAGUUAUUACACAGAUACAAUGUAACACCGCCUGCCUGUAUAGAGUUAUUACACAGAUACAAUGUAACACCGCCUGUAUAGAGUUAGUACACAGAUACAAUGUAACACUGCCUGCCUGUAUAGAGUUAUUACACAGAUACAAUGUAACACUGCCCCCUGUAUAGAGUUAUUACACAGAUACAAUGUAACACCGCCUGCCCUGUAUAGAGUUAUUACACAGAUACAAUGUAACACUGCCCGCCUGUAUAGAGUUAUUACACACAUACAAUGUAACACCGCCCGCCUGUAUAGAGUUAUUACACACAUACAAUGUAACACCGCCUGCCCUGUAUAGAGUUAUUACACACAUACAAUGUAACACCGCCUGCCUGUAUAGAGUUAUUACACAGAUACAAUGUAACACCGCCUGCCUGUAUAGAGUUAGUACACAGAUACAAUGUAACACUGCCCGCCUGUAUAGAGUUAGUACACAGAUACAAUGUAACACCGCCUGCCUGUAUAGAGUUAGUACACAGAUACAAUGUAACACUGCCCGCCUGUAUAGAGUUAGUACACAGAUACAAUGUAACACUGCCCGCCUGUAUAGAGUUAUUACACAGAUACAAUGUAACACCGCCCGCCUGUAUAGAGUUAGUACACAGAUACAAUGUAACACUGCCCGCCUGUAUAGAGUUAUUACACAGAUACAAUGUAACACUGCCCACCUGUAUAGAGUUAUUACACUGAUACAAUGUAACACCGCCUGCCUGUAUAGAGUUAUUACACAGAUACAAUGUAACACCGCCUGCCUGUAUAGAGUUAUUACACAGAUACAAUGUAACACUGCCUGCCUGUAUAGAGUUAGUACACAGAUACAAUGUAACACCGCCCGCCUGUGUAGAGUUAGUACACAGAUACAAUGUAACACCGCCCGCCUGUAUAGAGUUAUUACACAGAUACAAUGUAACACUGCCUGCCUGUAUAGAGUUAGUACACAGAUACAAUGUAACACCGCCUGCCUGUAUAGAGUUAGUACACAGAUACAAUGUAACACUGCCUGCCUGUAUAGAGUUAGUACACAGAUACAAUGUAACACCGCCUGCCUGUAUAGAGUUAUUACACAGAUACAAUGUAACACCGCCCGCCUGUAUAGAGUUAUUACACAGAUACAAUGUAACACCGCCUGCCUGUAUAGAGUUAUUACACAGUUACAAUGUAACACCGCCUGCCUGUAUAGUUAUUACACAGAUACAAUGUAACACCGCCUGCCUGUAUAGAGUUAUUACACAGAUACAAUGUAACACCGCCUGCCUGUAUAGAGUUAUUACACAGAUACAAUGUAACACCGCCUGUAUAGAGUUAGUACACAGAUACAAUGUAACACUGCCUGCCUGUAUAGAGUUACUACACAGAUACAAUGUAACACCGCCUGCCUGUAUAGAGUUAUUACACAGAUACAGUGUAACACCGCCCGCCUGUAUAGAGCUAUUACACAGAUACAAUGUAACACCGCCUGUAUAGAGUUAGUACACAGAUACAAUGUAACACCGCCCGCCUGUAUAGUUAUUACACAGAUACAAUGUAACACCGCCCGCCUGUAUAGUUAUUACACAGAUACAAUAUAACACCGCCUGCCUGUAUAGAGUUAUUACACAGUUACAAUGUAACACCGCCCGCCUGUAUAGAGUUAUUACACAGUUACAAUGUAACACCGUCCGCCUGUAUAGAGUUAUUACACAGUUACAAUGUAACACCGCCCGCCUGUAUAGAGUUAUUACACAGUUACAAUGUAACACUGCCUGCCUGUAUAGAGUUAUUACACAGUUACAAUGUAACACCGCCUGCCUGUAUAGAGUUAUUACACAGAUACAAUGUCCCUAUAGAAUGUCAUCUGACACAAUGUUACACUUUCACUACUACUAAUAGACACAAUGUAGCACUUUCACCUUUACCAAAUUUUUAUCUUCUAGGACAGGGGGUCUAUAAAAUAUAACACCUUUUAUCUUUAUUAAAUCUGUAUCUUAUAGGACAGGGUGUCUAUAUCUUUACUAAAUCUGUAUCUUAUAGGGCAGGGAUGGAUGAACUGUAACACUUUCACUAAAUUUUUAUAUUCGAGUACUAAAGCAGGAGUGGAUACAAUGUAACUCUCAUCUUAUUACAUCAUUGUCCUCUAAGGUAGGGAUGGACAAAUGUAGCACUUUCCCCUUUAAUAAAUCCUUAUCUUAUAGUUCAAUGGCAGGGAUCUAUAAAGUGUAACACUUUAGCCUUUACUCUAUCCUUGUCCUCUAAGGCAGGGAUGGGCAAAACGUAACUCCCAAUUGUAGCCUCCAGGCUGGCAAAGUAUCACUGGAGUUGUAGUUCUACAAUGUUUGAAGUGUCUGCCUUUUACCUUGCUCCAAAGGCAACAAGAAUAUUCUUUGUUUUUCUCUUAUCCUGAUGACACAUCUAUAUUCUCUAUCUUAUGUUUAUACUUAUAUUUCUUAUCUAUCUGUGCAGCUAUCUAUUUUGUCAUGUCUUGGCUAGGUUUGGACUGAGUAUGUAUUGUUCCCUGGGUCAAAGACGAUUAGCGCCCUCCAUAACAUUAUCAAGUUUGAUCAUUUUACUUUCCAGGGAGCAGGAAAAAAGGAAAUGAAAAAAGUUAAAAAUACCACAGCUUCCAUUUAGUCUCUACGUUUUACAACUAUGCGGUGUGUUUCUUUGUAACACAAUCUAGUGUAACCUUAUCUCUGCACUGGGGAUGAUAUGAACUUACUAUUUAAAAUCUAAUUUACAAACCAAGAGUUUGUCAUAGGCCUUGGAUAUUGCAAACUAUUAUUUAUUUAUUUUUUCAUUUGUUCGUUAUGGGCAAUACAUAAGCCUUUGGGAUGUUUUGGAAGUGGUAUGUUUGGAUUGCUAUUGCUAACAUACAGUAGGCACAUAUGUAUGCACAAGGCUAAAUAAAUUUACAUUUUCAAUGUGUCCAAUUAAUAGUUUUAAAUGCUUUUAUAGUGUUAGCUUGAGAAUUGUCAGUGAUGAAAAAGUUUGCAAACUGAUCCUAAUUAUUUUAGCAUGAUACUUAUCUCAUUAUAAAUAUCACUGUAACUUUUAGGAAAUAAAAAGUUUUAAUAAUUUUGUUAUUAAGGCUUUAUGCGUUUGCAUCCUUCUUAAAAUGCAUUCAGGAAAUUCAUCUGCUGGAAGUAAAUAUUUUACUCCAAUUUACACAAGACAACUUUUGAGAUAAGCAUAUUUGUAAAAUGAUAUCACUCAAAUAUUGAUUUAGAAAGUUUCUUAACCACAGCAGUAGUCCGUACAUUGAUAAUAAAUCAGUCAGGUCAGCAAUUUACUAAUAGAAACAUUUUUAGGAACUGAUUUUAAAACAUUUGUUUGCAUAUAUUGUGAACUUCCAUUUCCUAAAACUGAGUUUUGUUGGUUGAACCCAUGAUGUCUGGUGGAAUGAGAGGUAAAUAUAGUUUAAAACUCACAAACAUGUUACUUAUUUACCUAUUUAGUAACAUUUCUUAAAGACUAGCUGGUCUAUUGAUCGGGGUUUUAUAUAUUGACUCAAUACUAUUUGUGGUUUAUUCUUCUCUUAAGUGUAAUUGAAACAGUCUUUCUUUCUUUCCCUCUUUAGGUCAGUCUGCAAUAUGGUCUGAAUAA